AUGGGGAAGGGUAAACAGAGCAAGUUGGUGUGGAUCAUAACGACGCCAUUCAGAGUUUUGGGUAAAGCGAAGGAUGCGUACGUGAGAAGCAUAACAAAGUGCGGUCACAACAUGAAUUACAGCAACCCUGUUGACGCUGCUGGCAGAUUCGAGGCUCUUCCCAGGAGCUACAGUGUUGCCACGUCACGCUCCGAUAACGAGGAUUUCGCGGAGCUUCUCAGAGCGGCUUCUGCCCGGACUUUGGUAAACAGAAUCGACGUGGAUUUGGUUCUGAAACAGCAGGCCCAGGCUCAGGCCCAGACCCGACCCGUUUCGUCUAAUGGGCUUCCCAAGUCCACGAGCGUCGGCAUGGGCCGCAUCGACGAGGACACUCCUUAUGAUUUGUCUGAAGGAGAUGUUCCCGCCGUGCCCAAACCUUAUCCCAGAAGUAGAAGCUAUGCGGUUGGAAAGACAAGUGCUGUAUUGUGA